AUGCGCUUCUUCGGACUUCUCGCCACUUUCGGAUUGGUGGCCCUUGUCGCUGCACAGGACGCAAAUUCCACCGAGACAGGCACUACAACCGCGCCCGCCGCAACCAACUCUUUGGAUCCUCAGAUCAGAUGCCUCCAGAAGUGUGGUUCCGCCGACGUCUGCUGUCAAGCAGCCUGUGUCAACGUUCCCUGCCCCAGCCAGCUUCAGGCGAAUGCAACCACUGAAUGUGCAGCCCAAUGCCCGCAAGGAAAUGGCACAGCAGCUGAAACGGAGCAGUAUGCUGAGUGCCAGUCUGCCUGCAUCAGCUCCUACUUCCUCACAGACACCGCCACUGCAACAGCCGCACCGACAGGAAGUGCAACUGGCACAGCAACCUUUGGAGGCUCCAGUGCAACAACUACUGGCUCUUCGUCAGAUAACGAUGCCGCGUCAAGCACUUCUGGCUCAGCCGGCGCAGCAUCAACCGGUAACGGCGCAGAUGCUCUUCACGUUGGUGCCGUCGGCCUGGGCUUUCUCGGCUUGGUUGUUGCUGGAUUGGCACUGUAA